UGUUACUAGUAACAAUCUUUGUGGUGGAAGGGAUUGCUGUUGCACAGAAGACACAAGGUGGGCAAAAUAUUGGCACGAAUCGUAUUCCUCCCACCCAGUGUGAUAAUUGGGUACGGACAAGCAAUGGCGGACAUUUUGCUUCACCAAACUACCCUAACAUGUACCCACCAAAUCAAGAGUGCAUCUAUAUCUUAGAAGCUUCUCCACGACAGAGAAUUGAGUUGACCUUCGAUGAACCUUAUUACAUAGAACCUUCAUUUGAAUGUCGCUUUGAUCAUCUGGAGGUUCGAGAUGGACCCUUUGGUUUCUCCCCUCUCAUUAAUCGUUACUGUGGUCUGAAAAGUCCUGCACUAAUUAGGUCAACAGGGAGAUUUAUGUGGAUCAAGUUUACUUCUGAUGAGGAGCUGGAAGGAAAGGGAUUUCAAGCAAAGUAUUCAUUUAUACCAGAUCCUGACUUCACUUACCUAGGAGGUAUUUUAAAUCCUAUCCCAGACUGCCAGUUUGAGCUCUCAGGAGCUGAUGGAAUAGUACGUUCUAGUCAAGUAGAACAAGAAGGAAAAACAAAACCAGGACAAGCAGUUGACUGCAUAUGGACAAUUAAAGCUACUCCAAAUGCUAAGAUUUAUAUGCGAUUUCUCGACUAUCAAAUGGAGCAUUCAAAUGAAUGCAAAAGAAACUUUGUUGCUGUGUAUGAUGGAAGUAGUUCUAUUGAAAACCUGAAGGCAAAAUUCUGCAGUACUGUAGCAAACGAUGUCAUGCUGCAGACUGGGACAGGUGUAGUGCGGAUGUGGGCAGACGAAGGCAGUAGGCUAAGCAGAUUCAGAAUGCUGUUCACUUCCUUUGUGGAUCCUCCCUGCUCAGGCAACACUUACUUCUGCCAUAGCAACAUGUGCAUCAAUAAUUCUUUAGUUUGCAAUGGCAUUCAGAACUGUGCAUACCCUUGGGAUGAAAAUCACUGCAGAGAAAAGAAAAGAUCUGGAUUGUUUGAACAAAUCACCAAAACUCAUGGAACAAUCAUUGGCAUCACGUCAGGGGUAGUUUUAGUACUUCUCAUCAUUUCAAUUCUAGUACAAGUAAAGCAACCUCGCAAAAAGGUUAUGGCUUGCAAGACUGCUUUCAAUAAAACUGGCUUCCAGGAAGUAUUUGAUCCUCCACAUUAUGAACUGUUUUCACUAAGGGACAAAGAAAUUUCUGCAGAUCUGGCAGAUUUAUCAGAAGAACUUGAAAACUACCAGAAAAUGAGACGCCCUUCAACAGCUUCCAGAUGCAUUCAUGACCACCACUGUGGCUCCCAGGCCUCCAAUACAAAACAGAGCAGGACAAACCUCAGCUCCGUGGAACUUCCGUUCCGCAAUGACUUUGCGCAGCCUCAGCCAAUGAAAACAUUUAACAGCACAUUCAAGAAAAGUACUUACACUUUCAAACAAGCGCAUGACUGCCCUGAGCAAGUCAUAGAAGACAGGGUGAUGGAGGAGAUUCCAUGCGAAAUUUAUGUUCGAGGAAGAGAAGAUGCGGCACAAGGUUCAUUAUCUAUUGACUUUUGAUUUCCUAGUGAAGGUGGUAUCAGUGUCUAUACAAGAUGCUUGUGUACAAUGACAGUGUAUAUAUUAAAAGUCUAUUAUAUGC